CGCUUCCAGGGCGGUCCCGGCUCCCGAUUUGAAAAUGCGGGGCGGGGCGGUCGUUGCAGCAUGAGCGGCAGCGCGGGGUGGGACGCGGCGCAGCGGCGCGCCUGGCUUCGGCGCUUCUACCGGCAGCGGCAGAAACGGCUCAUGACCCUCUUGAUUGCUCGCCGGAGGAGGACCAACUGCUACUUUUACCCCCGUGCCUGGCCCAGCCUCAGGAGCGUGGACUGGUGGGAGCGGGUGGUCCUGAAGGAAUUUGGGCCCCAGGACUGGCUGGAGAAGUUUCGGAUGUCCAAGGAAACCUUCUUCUUCAUCUGCAACCAGCUGCGGCCUGGUCUGGCUCCACACAGUGCCCACUUCCACCCCACCCUGCCCCUGGAGAAGAGGGUGGCCGUGGCUCUGUGGCACUUGGCCACCAACGUGGAGUACCAGACUCUCAGCCCACUCUUCGGCGUGGGGCCCUCCACAGUGCAGACAUGUGUUCGGGAGGUAAGCUACGCUAUUGUCUUGCUGCUGAAACCCCUCUACCUCCGAGUGCCCAAUGAGAAGGAGCUAGAGAACAUGGUGCGCAUCUUCUGCACGCGCUGGGGCUUCCCGCAUUGCAUCGGUGCCCUGGACAGCCUCCACAUCCCCAUCCACCCGCCCCUGCGCCUCAGUGCUGACUACUGCAACGGCCAGGGCUGGCACUCCAUCCUCACGCAGGCCACCGUGGAUGGGCUGGGCCAGUUUUGGGACGUCUCCACCGCCUUCCCCGGCAGCAUGGAGAACAGUGCGGUCCUGGAGAGCUCCAGCCUGUGGGUGCUUGCUAAGGAGGGCAGGCUGUGCCCCAACCCUCCCAAGCACUUCAUGGGGAAGGCGCAGAAGUACGUGCUGCUGGGUGAUGCCACCUACCCCUUGCAAGACUGGAUCCUCAAGCCCUACCAGGAAGAUGAGAAUCUCACUCAGCGGCAGCUACAGUUCAACUACCGCCUAAAGCGAGCGCACAGCGUGAUUGAGAACGCCUUCCUGCGUCUGAAGGCACGCUGGCAGAUCCUCCUGAAGUGUGAUGACUGCAGCCUGGAGCUGCUGCCCACCCUCAUCCUUGCCUGCUGCAUCCUGCACAAUGUCUGUGAAGCCCAUGACAACCCCUUCAACGAGGAGUGGUUGGAGGGCACUGAGCCGACUGAGCUGCCCAAGCCCUACCAGCCCGCGCCCGCCACCAUGGAGGAUGUUCGGGCUGAGCAAGUGCGCGAGCUGAUGUGCCAGUACUUCGAGAGCUGUGGGGAGGGCUGAUGGGGUCAGGGGAGAAGCAGCUGUGUGCAUCCUUGCUUACAGACUUCCCUUGGACUCUGGCAGACAUUGGCCCAGUGGAGUGUGCUAUUUGACAAAGGACCGUACCCUCUCACCUCUGCUGAAGGCUGCACCAUCUGUUCCCGGGGUGGGGAGGGGGUUGCUGUGUUGUGCUUUUGCUGAGUUUGCCACAGUGCUUUCAGGCAGUUGAAUGUAUUUGUGCCCGUACUCUCUUCCAGGAUUUGAGUGGUCUGGUGGCGUAUUGUGUGAGUAAAGCGGGGAUCGGGGCUGGGAGAGGAAGGAGCUGCCUGGGUCUCCCUUUCCUGGGAGCAAGUCUGUGCCCCAGGGCCCAAAACUGGCAGGAAGCUUGGAAUAAGGCAAAACUCCUAUCAUAGAAUCACCAGGUUGGAAAGGACCCAC